CUUCUCUUGCAAGGUCCAGUGUUUAUCAGAGAGCCCAGCAACAGCAUUUUCCCUGUGGGUUCAGAGGAUAAAAAAAUAACUUUAAAUUGUGAAGCAAGAGGCAACCCCUCACCUCAUUACAGAUGGCAGCUGAAUGGAAGUGAUAUUAAUCUGAAUAUGGAAUAUCGUUAUAAGUUGAAUGGAGGAAAUCUUGUGGUUAUUAACCCCAACAGAAAUUGGGAUACAGGAAGUUACCAGUGUUUUGCAACAAAUUCACUUGGAACAAUAGUCAGCAGAGAAGCUAAACUCCAGUUUGCCUAUCUUGAAAAUUUUAAAACCAAAAUGAGAAGUACGGUGUCCGUGCGUGAAGGCCAGGGAGUCGUCCUGCUCUGUGGCCCACCGCCACACUCUGGAGAACUGUCAUAUGCUUGGAUCUUCAAUGAAUAUCCAUCAUUUGUUGAAGAAGACAGUCGGAGAUUUGUCUCUCAAGAGACAGGCCACCUCUAUAUAGCGAAGGUUGAGCCAUCCGAUGUGGGUAAUUACACAUGUGUGGUGACAAGUACAGUGACGAACGCUAGGGUGCUGGGCUCCCCAACUCCUCUGGUGCUACGUUCUGAUGGUGUGAUGGGUGAAUAUGAACCAAAAAUAGAAGUGCAGUUUCCAGAAACUCUUCCAGCAGCUAAAGGUGCAACUGUGAAAUUGGAAUGUUUUGCUCUUGGAAAUCCUGUACCUCAGAUUAAUUGGAGGAGAAGUGAUGGACUGCCCUUUUCCAGUAAAAUUAAACUGAGGAAGUUCAAUGGUGUGCUUGAAAUCCCCAACUUCCAACAGGAAGAUACGGGUUCCUAUGAAUGCAUUGCUGAGAAUUCCCGAGGAAGAAAUGUCGCCAGAGGGCGUCUCACUUACUAUGCAAAGCCUCAUUGGGUUCAGCUCAUAAAAGAUGUAGAAAUAGCAGUGGAGGACAGUCUUUUUUGGGAAUGCCGGGCAAGUGGUAAGCCCAAACCCUCCUACCGAUGGUUGAAAAACGGAGAAGCCCUUGUGCUUGAGGAGAGAAUACAGAUAGAAAAUGGUGCCCUUACAAUAUCGAACCUAAACGUGACUGAUUCUGGCAUGUUCCAGUGCAUCGCAGAAAACAAACAUGGUCUCGUCUAUUCCAGUGCCGAACUUAAGGUUGUAGCUUCUGCUCCAGAUUUUUCAAAGACUCCAAUGAAAAAGUUGAUUCAGGUGCAGGUGGGCAGCAUGGUCAGCUUGGAUUGUAAACCUAGAGCCUCCCCCAAACCACUCUGUUCAUGGAAGAAAGGAGAUAUGAUCAUCCAGGAGAAUGAAAGAAUUUCUUUUUUAAAAGAUGGAGGACUUAAAAUAGCCAAUGUGACUAAAGCUGAUGUUGGAACUUACACCUGCACAGCAGAAAACCAGUUUGGAAAAGCAAAUGGCACAACGCACUUGGUUGUUACAGAACCAACACGAAUCACUUUGGCACCAUCCAACAUGGAUGUCUCGGUUGGUGAAAGUGUCAUUUUGCCCUGCCAAGUGCAGCAUGACCCCCUAUUAGACAUCAUGUUCACCUGGUAUUUCAAUGGGGCCCUCACCGAUUUUAAGAAAGAUGGAUCUCACUUUGAGAAAGUCGGUGGGAGUUCAUCUGGUGAUUUAAUGAUCAGAAACAUUCAGCUGAAACACAGUGGAAAAUAUGUGUGUAUGGUGCAGACGGGGGUGGACAGUGUUUCGUCUGCUGCCGACCUCAUCGUAAGAGGUUCACCUGGGCCACCAGAAAAUGUGAAGGUAGAUGAAAUUACAGAUACCACAGCCCAACUCUCUUGGAAAGAAGGUACAGAUAACCAUAGCCCAGUUAUAUCCUAUUCUGUCCAGGCGAGGACACCUUUCUCCGUGGGUUGGCAGACUGCCACAACAGUGCCUGAGGUCAUUGAUGGGAAAACACACACAGCUACUGUAGUCGAGUUAAAUCCAUGGGUGGAAUACGAAUUUCGGGUUGUAGCCAGUAACAAAAUCGGAGGUGGAGAACCCAGUUUACCCUCAGAAAAAGUAAGAACUGAAGAGGCAGUUCCGGAAGUGCCUCCUUCAGAAGUCAGUGGAGGAGGUGGAAGCCGGUCUGAGCUGGUGAUAACUUGGGAUCCAGUUCCCGAAGAACUACAGAACGGUGAAGGUUUUGGUUAUGUUGUUGCCUUCCGCCCUCUUGGAGUUACCAACUGGAUCCAGACAGUGGUCACAUCUCCUGAUACCCCAAGAUAUGUCUUUAGGAAUGAAAGCAUCAUGCCAUUUUCACUGUAUGAAGUUAAAGUGGGUGUUUAUAAUAACAAAGGUGAAGGACCAUUUAGCCCGGUGACAACAGUGUUCUCUGCUGAAGAAGAGCCUACAAUAGCUCCGUCUCAAGUGUCUGCAAAUAGCCUAUCUUCCUCAGAAAUUGAAGUGUCAUGGAAUACCAUUCCUUGGAAGUUAAGCAAUGGACAUUUACUUGGCUAUGAGGUACGUUACUGGAAUAAUGGAGAAGAAGAAUCAUCAAGCAAAGUGAAAGUGGCGGGAAAUGAGACUUCAGCCAGACUCCGGGGCUUGAAGAGUAAUCUGGCAUAUUACACAGCUGUCCGGGCUUACAACAGCGCUGGUGCUGGGCCCUUUAGCACCACAGUGAAUGCAACUACAAAGAAAACUCCUCCCAGUCAGCCACCAGGAAAUGUUGUUUGGAAUGCUACAGACACUAAAGUGUUACUUAAUUGGGAACAAGUUAAAGCAACGGAGAACGAAUCAGAAGUAACGGGAUACAAAGUGUUCUAUAGGACUAGCAGUCAAAAUAAUGUACAAGUGCUGAACACAAAUAAGACGUCAGCAGAACUUUUGUUGCCCAUUAAAGAGGACUACAUUAUUGAAGUUAAGGCCACCACGGAUGGAGGGGAUGGAGCCAGUAGCGAACAGAUCAGGAUUCCAAGGAUAACCAAUAUGGAUGCAAGAGGUUCUACUUCAGCCAUCUCAAAUGUCCACGCUGUGUCAAGUUAUAUACCUGUAGUAUUCUUUAUUGUAAAUGCCUUGUGGUGA